GAAAAAAGCUCCCAAUUUCUACUGAUUACUAAGUUCCAAGCUGCCAUUAUGUCUGCGAUCAUAACAGCAGUUUUCAAAGCGACUAUUGGAUGGCUUGUGGAUAAAGGCAGAGAUGAGGCAGCAAAAAAGCUUAAAGAUGGCGACGUAACAGAUCAACAGUUUCGCGGCAUCAUCAUGCGAGAAAUCGAUGACAUGAAGUCCAAGCUGGAUGGAUUAUCAAGGAAAGAUUUAUUAGCGAGUAUUGGAUUCUUUAGAGAAGGAAUCGAGUUGCUGUAUGAAGUAUUUGAAGAGAAAAGGUCGAGGAGUGAGUAUGGCGCGGAUACAGCACAAGCGGCUUGUGCGGAAGCUGUGUCACUCGCUGAAAGAAUGAAACACUUGGAGCUUACUGAAUAUGCCACAAGACAGCUUACCAAUGCAAAGAAGAGAUUCGAACGUGCUCGUGAAAUGGCGACAAUUGCUUUUUCAAAUGAAGCGUUAUCAACAAGUGACCGCAUCGUAGCAAUGCAGUACCGAGUCAUGGCAACAGUAUUAGAAACAAUAGACCAUCCCGCAGAUGCUGUAGCACCAUGUAAAGUGUGCAUCGAAGAGCUAAACGGUCUGCCCGUGGUUCAGCGAAGUUUACAAGAACAGCUCAGGACAGGUAUCAAGGCAGUGAAGAGUUUAUUUAACAAAGAAGAAAGACAGAAAGUUAUUUCCGGUGUCUGUCUUGUCAACCGCGUCGCCUACGAUAUCACACAAACAGUACACGUUAAAGAACCAUUUACAAAUGAACCAUUUGCAAAAGAAUUAUUACCACCAUUUCCCAUGGUUGAUACAGGGAAGGAGAAAGUUGAUCUGUUGCGAGACCACAGAGUAACAAAAAUACUUUGUAAACAGGGUAUGGGGAACUGUAGUGUAUUAAUAAGGACACUUGGUGAUGAAGGCGAAAAGGUGCAGGGGUUAACUUACCCGCUUGAUAUCGCUACCAACUCAAGCGGGGAAUAUAUUGUAGCGGACCAUCACUCGACAAUCAAGGUGUAUGACAGCAGUGGCAGGUUUUUGCAAUGUUUCAGACUUAUUGAUGACAGCGGUAUAAAGCUAUUUAACCUGUCGGUUAAGCUAACCACGGACAUGAAUGACAACAUUUAUGUUAUGGUCCCAGAAAAGAGUGACGAGGGCCCAUGCUGGAUUUUUAAGUUUAACAAAACCGCUGAUUAUCAUCACAAGUUUCGCGUCAGGAUAAUGAGCUAUAACUUUAACUCGUGUAAACUGUCAGUCAGUGAUAGUGGUACAGUGAUGGUACUGAAGAUUAAUUGGGAAAGGAAACAUUGUGUGAAUCUUGUGGAUGUUUAUGAGAAUGAUGGUCAGUUUGUUUGCAGUUUUGGAGAACAAAUCUUGACGAGACCCCGCGACAUCACCACUGUAAGUGAUGGCAGAGUUAUGGUGGUACAAGAGCAUCCGUCACGUGUUCACAUAUUUAGCGAACAAGGUGACCAUCUAAACACGUUUGAUCUGCAAAUAUCUAUGGUGUAUUCAAGAAUUGCAUUUCACAAGGCUAGUCAACAUGUCGUGGUGGCCGGUUGUAAGAACAAUGAUACAGACAUCUUGCAUAUAGAAAUUUACACCAAAGAUGGUGAGUUUGUGCGAAGUACUCCUGUCAAUAUGGGACAGUCCCUUCCUCUGCUGGGGAUGGUAGUGACCACUAAGGGCCGCAUUGCAGUAGCAACUCGGCUUGAACCUUUAAGACGCAAAGUAAUCGUCAUUUAA